AUGUACAGCUCGCUCCCUGAUCGAAAACACGCAGCCGUCAUUGUGGGACACCAAGAAACUGGCAUCAAAGAGCAAGCUUCUGGUCUCUACGCAGAGACGCUGGCCACCGCGGGUUAUGUCGCCCUCGCGUUCGACGCAGCACAUUGGGGUGAAAGCGAGGGCAUGCCGCAAGGUUUGGAAGAUCCUUCCCAACGCGUGGAAGACUUCAAAUGUGCGGUUACCUUUCUGAGCCAGCUCGGAGACGCUGUUAUCGAUCCAUCCCGAAUUGGUGUGGUUGGGAUAUGCGCGUCUGGUGGCUAUAGCUUUUUCGCUGCCGCGACAGACAUCCGCAUCAAGGCCAUCGCUGGUAUUUCGCCAAUGUGUAACGGCACAUUUGCGCAUGCAGGACUGAAGGAUCCCGACACCGGGCUUAUCAAUUGGGAGACUCUAAAUCGGCAACUUGCUUACGCCGCAAAUUGUCGGCUGGAAGAAGCGAAAGGCAACCCUGCGCCUGUUCACAAUGCUCUAGAUGGCCUAGCCAGCGUCUUUUCGAACCCUAAAGAGGAUAUCAAAGGUUACUACAGCUCUCCUCUCUGGACUCAUCCCAGGUGCACCAAUGAGAUGGCGAUAAGGAGUUUGGAGCUUCUUGUGCCUUUUGAUGCAUUCCAACAUGUCGAGUGGAUCUCACCGAGGCCGGUCCUGUUCAUCGCUGGAAGUGAGGCCGUAACGCUCCCCUUUGUUAAAGAAGCCUACCAGCGAGCUGUCGAACCAAAAGAGCUUGUGAUCAUGCCAGGCAAAUAUCAUGUCGACCUUCACCAAGAUGUUAGUGAGACCGGCCCCAAGUUAGUUAGCUUCUUUGCGGAGUCUCUGUGCAAAUAG